GAGCUGCCCUGGACCAGCUCCACUAUUCUUAGAGCCUUUGUUGUUCUGACGGCGUCUGACACCGACACACUGACGACAUGUGGAAGGUCAAACCUCCAGUCGUGUUUCCUAUGGAGACAAGGUACCGGCCAAUUCUGGAGAGUUUGGUUCCCCCUGACCCCAUGUCCCAGUUCCACCUGAGGAGGGGUUCCCCUGAGGACGAGUUCCCUGACCUGUGCAGGAACUUCACCUGGAUGGGCCGGAUCCUCACCCCGGCCAUGUACCGCCGACAGUUCCACCGCUGCACCCACAGCGGGGUCAUCUUUGACGACAUCAUCCGCCCGGGUCUUGAGGAACCAGGUGAGUGGUCCGGUCCCGUGUCUGUCGGCUGUGUAGCCGGUGAUGCUGAGUCCUACGUCCUGUUCUGUGACUUCUUGGACCGAGUCAUCGAAGCGUUUCACGGACACAAGGUCACCAACCAAACCCCAGAGAGCGACUUCAACUACGACAACCUGAAGGGCGGUGACGACCUGGACGGGGCGUACGCUGCACGCUGUGAGGUCAGCCUGAUACGAAGCAUUGAAGACUUCUGCUUUCCAACGCACUGCAGCAGAGGAGAGCGUAGACAGCUCCUCUCGCUGGCCAGAAGAGCUCUGCAGAGGCUGGAGGAGGAGCUGCCGGGUCGACUCCUGUGUCUGGAGGAGCUGAACCAGGAGCAGGAGAAGCAUCUGAGCCUGAAGCCUCCGUCUUCCUCCCAGCUCCGCACCGGUGUGGCCCGGGACUGGCCCGAUGCCAGGGCCGUCUGGCUGAGUGAAGACGACAGCCUGGUGGUCUGGGUCAACAUGGAGGACCACCUCAGGCUGGUGUCCACGCGGAACGAUGCCAACGUGGCCAAAGCUUUCAGAUGGAUCUGCAUCAACCUGCAGAAGCUGGAGGAGUUCUACAGGGAGCUCAGACACCCGUUCAUCUGGAAGCAGCAGCUGGGGUGGGUGACGAGCUCCCCGGCCGACGUGGGGACAGGUCUGAGGGUCAACGUCCACCUCAAACUGCAACUCCUCCCCAAACACAGACGGCUCCAGGACGUCCUGAAGAGACUGAGGAUCCGCAUGGACAGCACAGAAUCCUCGGGGCUGCACUGUGUGAGCAACGCGGCGACCUUCGGCCAGAGCGAGGUGGCGCUGACCCAGCUGGUGGUGGACGGGGUCAAGCUGCUCAUCGCCAUGGAGAAGAGGCUGGAACGCAACCAGGACAUCGACGAGCUCAUCCCCACACAGAAGUAGAUGUGAGGAGGACGACCAGCCGCCUGCAUCAGAGACAAUAUGUCCAGUUAGGAACUAAACCUUCUGCUUGGUUUCUACCGUCUGUGUUUGUUCCCCAGGAGAAGGAGAGGGUGAAAAUAAAACUUGGAUUUUAAUUUA